UCUUUCAGAUAAUAAAUACUAUUUAUUAUCAUCGUCAUCUAAAGUAAAAUAAAACGACAAGAUCUUGAUCAUAAUCAUUGUAGCGCAUUGUCAAGUUAGAAAAAAAAUAAAAAUUAAAAAUAAAAAAUAAACAAAACACAAUACACAAUACAAAACUGAUACUAAACUAACAUACAAUAGCGUAGUAGUAAUCUCAAUUACCAGCGUUUUAGUUGACGAUCAACGCUGCUACUAAACGGAACUCUCACAUAUUAAAUAUAAAAUUUUAUAUAUUUUUUAAACAAAAUAUCUAUAAAAUUCCCACUUCGUUGGGGAACGCACACAAUAUAUUGUAUAUAGAACAAAGAAAGAAAACUACGAAACAUUUUUUCUUUAAUUUAGUGACAGAAAUACACUUAAUUAAGUUUAAAAGAAAACCAAGAUUAUUAAUUAAAAAAAAGAAAGAAAAAAUAACAUUGACUAAUUGUUUUCAAUUACUAAUAAUUGUAAUUUAGUUUGUGCUUCAAAAACUCCGACAGCUAAUGAACGAAAGUCAUUAUAAUUUAAGAAGAAAUUAAAACAGAAAACGUCAAGUAUAACGGGCAACUAAAAUGUCUUCCUCAAAUAGUCCCUCAAUGCAUCGCUCGGUUUCGAUGCCGGCCCAACCCCAGCCACUGCAAACGAAACCCAUGAAACGUUCACAGGAAAAAGAAACUCUAGUGGAAGAGGAUUAUUAUCCCGAAAGCCCCAGCUCGGAAAGACGUAAUAUGUCAUUGGACGAAACUCGUGAUCGUUUGGGAUCCUAUACUCAAAGUGCUAACAACUUUCUUACCACGGAAUGGGCUGGCAGUACCAUAGAACUUAAUACAGAUCUUCGAAGAAAUGAAGUUGAUACCUUUUACCAUCGCCGCAAACCGUAUCGUGUGAUCGAGAAGAAUGGUCGGGAAAAUGUUUCGUUUAAAAAAAUUCCGGAAAAAUCAUGGCGUUAUAUAAGGGAUUUUGUAACAACACUGAUUGAAUUAGAAUGGAAAUAUAUGUUGACCAUGUUUAUUGGUAGUUAUUUUCUAAGUUGGACAUUCUUUGCCAUUCUCUGCUAUAUGGUGGCAUUUUCCCAUGGCGAUCUUAUGUUUGACGAAGUGACAGGUGAACGUUUGGGCGAGGGCAAAAAUCCUUGUAUUAUUGGCGUUUAUGAUUUUACAUCGAUGUUUAUUUAUUCGUUUGAAACUCAGUCCACCAUUGGCUAUGGCGAAAAGUAUCCCAGUGAAGAGUGUCCGGAGACCAUGUUUUUAUUUAUUUUACAAAUAAUUGUUUCCAUCGCCAUCGAAGGGGGUAUGAUAAGUAUUAUUUAUGCUAAAACUGCUAGACCGGCUAAGCAAUUAACUAAAUUAAAAUUUAGUGACAAAGCAGUGAUUUGUCAUCGCGAUGGUAAAUUAUGUUUACUAUUUCGCGUCUGUGAUCCUAGGGAACAACAAACUAUUGAGUCCAAAAUUCGAGUUUAUAUGAUCAUUGAUAAACCCACCAAAGAAGGUGAAUUAAUUAAAACCCAUACUGAAUUAAAACUGGAAAAUAAGGGUCAACAGAUUAUUGUAUGGCCGGAAAUUGUUUGCCACGUUAUCGAUGAAACCUCUCCACUGGCACAUUUCAAAUGCGCUAAAGAUGUCACCAGUGCCCAGUUUGAAUUGUAUGUCAGCAUCGUUGGUGUUUCUGCUGCCACAGCUCAAGUUACCGAAGCCAGAACUUCGUAUGUGCCGAGGGAGAUCUUUUGGGGUCAACGUUUUAUAAAUAUCAUAAAAUAUGAUAGCAUAAAUGAACGUUAUGAUAUCGAUUAUGGUAACUUUAAUACUACAAUAUCGGUUGAUAUGACCCAUGAUUUGGACAAGAUAGAAGAAAUCGAUUGUGAAUAAAAAGGUGAUAAAUGAUAUACCAAAUUCCUAGAUAUAAGAAUAUAUAUAAUCACCCCCCUAUCGCGAGUCAAUAUUUCACAUGAAAUAUGUUCCCUUUUCCCAUUUUUCGUUCAUGCUCUUUGUUUACGUGAAAAAAUUCCCCAUGUUGUGAAAUAUUUAGAUGGAAUUUUGUAAACAAUAAACAGCUGUUACGAACAAAAUCAACUAUUGUGAAUGAAAAGUUCAUGGGAAUAUCACGAUAGCAAUUUUCCCUUCGAGGGAAAUGGAUAUUUCAUGAUAACAUAAAUUUCAUAUGUUUUUCACGAUAGGGGUGAAUAUGUAGAUAAAAUAUAUAAUCUAAACUUGAAAUUCCUAUAAAAAGUAUUGUAGAUGUAGUUAAUUUUAUUAAAUAAAUAAAUAAAUAAUGGAAACCUUUAUGUAA